CGCUGUCAGCGUCCAAGUAGAAUGUACCCGUAGAGUUCUGUUAGAUAUCAUGAUCCGUGCAUGAAUAUUGUCAAUUAUGCAUCCAGUCACAUUCAGUCUAGAAAAGACUUUCCUCUUACGUCUUCUCGCACUCGGCAUUGCAUUGCUCUGUAUCGGCGAAAGUAAUUCUUAUUCUAUCACUGUGUAAUUUGGUCCAGAGUUAAAAUACAUGGAAUUUUUCGACAGCUGGGCUUGUGUCGUAUUUUUACGAUAAUAAAAAUCGAAAUCAACGCUUUCGUGUAUGUAUAAAAGCAAGCAAGCACGCGUGCGUGUAAAAAAGGGCGAAAAAUAUAUAAGAAAAGGGAAAAGGCGUGUUCCUACGCGAAAGUGUGAAGCGUGUGUGGGUGAGCGAAUGUCGACGAGUUUUCACAUCAUAGGAAGGAGAUACGCGUGUCAAGAGACCGCGGGGAAAUGAGUAAAAUGACGUGACGAAUGUACAAGGUUAAUCGAACAAAGAAAGCAAUGAAAUAAAACAAGAAUGAGAAGAUCAUUCAAUCCUAAAGUUCCGGAUACCCGGACGAAUGAUUGUCUUGAAAUCACUAGGAGGUUGUACAGGGUGAUCACAGACAUUUCCAAGAAGCUGGAUGUACAAAAAAGCUGUGCCCUUAAUGUAACGGAUAUUUUCACACCUUCGGGAGAAGUGCUAAGGGCAAAACUCAAGGAUUACUGUGAAAGAUUGAUUUUUAAAGAUCCCGUGAGUAAUGCGUGCAAAACUGAGGAAUUACUUUGGAGAAAAGGGUUCUAUGAUGCUGUAUCUGCAUGCAAAAAAUUACGAAAGGGAAAUACAUGGAAUGAGACAGAGAAGGCAUUACUGUUGUCGCAUUUGGCAGUUGGAGUGGGAUUUUAUCAUCAUCUGAUUCUGAAAUUACAAAUAGAAUGUGAUUUGGAUCUAGUGGGGGUUGUAGAUUUUGCAUAUCCAAGACACAAAACAAUGAGUCUCUCUAAUCAAAAGAUAAGAGUGUCUCAGAACAAACUGUUAUCAGAGGAAGUAAGACAGUGCGCAAUGAAGAUAAUCCAUCGUAGUCUCAUAUGCUUGGGAGAUUUGGCACGGUACAGGCUUGAUGUUGACCCUAGUUGGGAUCCAUUAACAGCAACAAGAUACUACAAAAUAGCUGUUAGUAUCGAUCCAAAUAUUGGUAUGCCACAUAAUCAAUUGGGAACAGUAGCAGGAAACAGAAAUUAUGGUGUUGAUGCUGUCUAUCAUUACAUGCGUUGCAUUCUUUGCACCGAAUCCUUUGAAGGAGCCGAAGGAAAUCUGAAAAGGGUAAUCACGGCUCAUUCUUACAGCGACAAGGAAAAUGCAUGUUCUUUCCAGAAAUGUGCUGGGAGAUUGUUUUCUCUGUUACAAUUAUGGGACAGUGCUUCACCUGAUUCGGAACGCAUAAAUCACAAUUGCCAGGCCUUACUUAUUGAGUUUGAGAAAUGUUUGAAUACCGAACUGAUUGAAAAAAACAAUUUGAAAGGCAUCAAUGAUGAGGACAGCAUUGAGAAUUAUUUACAAAAUUGCAAGAGCAAACACACUCUGGAUUUGACUGACAAUAUGAUAUUUAAAAUUGUUGCAAUUUGCCUCAUGUCUAUUGCUAAAUUGGAAUCAAAAGAAUCCGGUGAAGUUCAAGGCGCUACUGCUUUCACUUUGACGAUACUCUUGCAGCUUAUGCAAAUUACUAUCACUCGUUUACAACGAGCUAUCGUCGCUCUGAAUCUGCCAAAUUCAAUGAUUUUAGACAAUAAAGAAAACUCGGAAUCGUAUAAACAAAACGGUACUAGUGAUAUUGAAGAAUCAACCAAACUUUCUGACGAAGAUCGCGUUGAUUUGAACGAUAACGAGAGAAAAAAAAUUGUCACCAAUAUUCAAUCUAAAACCAACGGAAUCAUCGUCGAUCGUAAGGAAAAGAAAUCCCGCGAUAAAUCAAAAAAAAGCCUUUUAACAAAACUUCGUCGACCUCGGAAACGUCUCAAUAGCUCAGACUCUGAUGCCAGCGAAGUUGAUGGUGCUAACAUUGGAUCCUCCAGCGAUGAAUUGAAUUCCGAUAUUUCAAAAACUGAGGAAGAAGAAGACGACGUUUUUAGUGAUUCCAAUGUUAUUUCUGAUGAUCCACUGUCUGAAGACUUUACGGACGAUGAAACAAUGAAAUCAAGCGGCUGCAAUAACCUGACCUUGUCGAUCAACGGUCACAACGUUAACACCAAUGAAGAAAUAGAGUCUAGAAACGAGGACAGCGAAGUUAAUGCACUGGAAAAUGGGGAUAAUACUGGAAGUGAAGAUGCGGGUAAUGUGAUGGAGCAAGAGAAAAAUAUGAGUACCUUGAUUGACACCGUCCCGAUUAAAAGCAACGGAAGUUUCCAUGAGGACGAAGAAAACUCUCUCUAUCGUUUAGCACAAUCAAAAAAACAAUAUCUCAGUCCGACAACGCUUAUUGAAAUAUUUAGCAAAGAGGGUGCUCUCGAAUCUAUAAAAAUCUGUUUCGACUGGCUGCAAGGAAAUCGCGAAAUAUUUAGAAUGUUUACCAAGAGUUCGGGAAGUUCGUUAAAACGUGUCACGACUCUUUUAAACCUUGUAAAUCUCCAAGAGUUUGAAUUACCUUUCGUCGAAUGGGAACGUGAUUGCGUAUUAAGUUCGAGUAUUGAGAAAUUGAAUGAAUCGGUAGAAAAAGUUCCUUUGCCCGAGGACAUCGAUUUACGAGGAUUGAAACUUUUCCGGGAGUCGCAUGAAAAACUCGACUGGCAUAUUUUGCGACACACGAAAAUGUACAAAAACGAAGAAACGCUCUUACGUGUCAAAAAAAUCAUCCAAUUCGGUAAUUAUCUCUGUACGUUUACAGACUCCGGUGUCAAAUACGAUGAAAAGAAAAAACUUUAUAUCACUACCGAUAUAAAACAUUCCAUGAAAGAAGAAAGUCAAGAUAAAGUUAGAGAUCGAGAUAUUGAAACCGAGCAUUCAAGGGGGAAAUUGAUGCGACACAUGGGCCAAUUAUGGCUUAAAGCCGAAGUUCGAGCUUUAGAAAGCCGUUUACGAUCAAAACUCAUUUCGCCUUAUUUGGUUCCGGAUCAAGAAGCUCUUGCCAAACAUACACCAGCUCUAAAACGCUUGGUUCAUGCGAAGAAGUUCAUCGUUAUUAUUCCCUCGGUUGUGGUUUCUGCUUUGGACGAGAUGAAAAAAACGAGCAGCAAAGCACGCGAAGCUACAAGAUGGCUCGAAGGUCAACUUCGGAAAGGUUCAAGAUUUCUACGGGCCCAAAGACCACACGAGAGAUUACCCCUGCCAUUGAUCAAAGGUCCAAAAAAUAAAGAUAAGGAAGCAUGGCUUUUCUUUCAAAUCAUUGAGUGCUGCCAUUAUUUAACACAACAAACAAAAGUUGGUCUCAACGGUGACAAAGAGCCACCAGUUGUAACGCUACUCACGGGGUUCAGCGUGGAGGAAAGGAAAGCAGCUAUUUUCAGUCCUGAUGGAUUAUCAAAAACUGCUGGUGUAAAUCUCGAACACAUUGAAUCAUUUCACACAAAGUGGAAGACUUCGAGCAAGAGUCACGGUUGAAAUCCACGGAUUACUGGAGAUUACUCUUCGUCUUCUCACCGGUUCACGUGAACCGGUGUCAACACAAUAAACGCUCAUGUGAAUAACAAACACGGGGAGCUUUCAGGGCACGUUGGCUCUUCGUUCGAGUUUAAAACGGUUGAAAACCCAUGAAGGAAAAUCAACCUCAAAGACUCUCAUGAUAAAAAAUUAAUAUGUUACCAUCACGCUGACCAUCUUGCGGAAUAAACAUUUAUCUUCGAUA